UUUUCUCCGUCGAAAUUAAAAACUGAGAAACGCAUUACUCUUCAAAACGGUACCUACAGCCUCUCUGUUUCUCACUCAGUCUUCGAUCUUCUUCAGCUAUGGCUUCCACUUCCUCUACGGCUCUUUCACAAGCCGUAUUCCCCAGACCCAUCUCCCACCAUGCUUCAAAUCCAUCCACUGACCGCGUUUCUCUUUCCUCUCGCUCUCUUCCCAGUUUCUCCGGCCUCAAAUCCACCAACUCCGCCGCCGUCGCCGUAUCAUCUCGCCGGACCAGGCCGUCUCGGGGCCGAUGUGGAGUGGUUCGAGCUUCGGUCGCCGAGACGCUCGAUAAAACCACUGACACGUCGUUGAUUGAGAAGUCCGUCAAUACGAUCCGUUUCCUCUCGAUUGAUGCUGUGGAGAAGGCGAAUUCGGGCCACCCGGGUUUGCCGAUGGGUUGCGCUCCGAUGGGCCAUGUUUUAUACGACGAGGUUAUGAAGUAUAAUCCCAAGAAUCCUUAUUGGUUUAAUCGGGAUCGGUUCGUCUUGUCGGCUGGCCAUGGAUGUAUGUUGCAGUAUGCUUUGCUUCACCUUGCUGGAUAUGAUAGUGUUAAGGAAGAGGACUUAAAGAAUUUCCGUCAAUGGGAAAGCAGAACUCCUGGGCACCCUGAGAACUUCGAGACGCCUGGAGUUGAAGUAACAACUGGUCCUCUUGGACAGGGUGUUGCAAAUGCUGUUGGCUUGGCACUUGCUGAAAAGCAUAUAGCUGCUCGUUUCAACAAGCCAGAUAGUGAAAUUGUUGACCAUUACACAUAUGUUAUACUGGGAGAUGGUUGCCAAAUGGAGGGAAUUGCCAAUGAAGCUUGUUCGCUUGCUGGGCAUUGGGGACUAGGCAAGCUGAUUGCUUUCUAUGAUGACAACCACAUCUCAAUCGAUGGUGACACAGAGAUUGCAUUCACUGAGAGUGUUGACAAACGUUUCGAGGGUCUAGGGUGGCAUGUUAUCUGGGUAAAAAAUGGAAAUAAUGGCUACGACGAGAUUCGUGCUGCCAUUCGGGAAGCGAAAGCUGUAAAAGACAAACCCACUUUGAUCAAGGUGACCACAACCAUUGGUUAUGGAUCUCCAAACAAGGCAAAUUCCUACAGCGUACAUGGUAGUGCAUUGGGUGCGAAGGAAGUUGACGCCACGAGACAGAACCUUGGAUGGCCAUACGAGCCUUUCCAUGUGCCCGAGGAUGUUAAGAAGCACUGGAGUCGUCACAUCCCCCAAGGAGCUGCACUUGAAGCUGAAUGGAAUGCUAAGUUUGCCGAAUAUGAGAAGAAGUACGCAGAAGAAGCUGCUGAACUGAAGUCGAUUAUUAAUGGUGAACUACCUGCUGGUUGGGAAAAGACAUUGCCAACAUACACCCCGGAGAGCCCAGCUGAUGCCACUAGAAAUCUUUCCCAGCAAAACCUUAAUGCCCUUGCAAAAGUUCUCCCUGGUUUCCUUGGUGGAAGUGCUGACCUUGCUUCAUCAAACAUGACCCUGCUUAAGUCGUUCGGAAACUUCCAAAAGGAUACUCCUGAAGAGCGUAAUCUUCGAUUUGGUGUUAGAGAGCACGGAAUGGGAGCCAUCUGCAAUGGAAUUGCCCUUCACAGUCCUGGACUCAUUCCAUACUGUGCUACGUUCUUUGUUUUUACAGAUUACAUGAGAGCUGCCAUUAGGAUAUCUGCCUUGAGUCAAGCUGGUGUAAUCUAUGUCAUGACUCAUGAUUCGAUCGGUCUUGGUGAAGAUGGGCCGACCCAUCAGCCAAUCGAACAUCUGGCAAGCUUCAGGGCUAUGCCAAACAUAUUGAUGCUCCGACCAGCUGAUGGUAAUGAGACUGCUGGAGCGUACAAGGUUGCAGUACUUAACCGAAAGAGACCUUCAAUUCUUGCCCUUUCUCGCCAAAAGUUGCCCAAUCUUCCUGGAACUUCCAUAGAAGGAGUCGAAAAGGGUGGAUACAUUCUCUCGGACAAUUCCUCAGGCAACAAGCCCGAUGUUAUCUUGAUUGGAACAGGUUCUGAACUUGAAAUUGCCGCCAAAGCUGCAGAAGAACUGAGAAAGGAAGGAAAGGCUGUUCGACUCGUUUCCUUCAUCUCCUGGGAGCUCUUCGACGAGCAAUCAGAUGCAUACAAGGAAAGUGUUUUGCCUGCUGCUGUUUCUGCCAGAGUGAGCAUUGAGGCUGGAACAACAUUUGGGUGGGAGAAGAUCGUCGGAAGCAAAGGAAAAGCAAUUGGCAUUGACCGCUUCGGAGCAAGUGCUCCAGCAGGGAAAAUUUACAAAGAGUUCGGUAUAACGGUUGAGGCUGUUAUUGAUGCUGCUAAACAAGUUAUUUAGAACAGGUUAGUUAUAUGUAAUUGGCCGAAACGAAUCCAACAUCUACCAUUUAUUUGAAUUUGGGCGGGAAUUUCUGUAGAGACCAUUUCCAGGAGGUCUGUUCUAAUGACAUGGCCUCUUAUGUUGCAAUAAAAAGGUCUGAGUUUUCUGUCCAUUGUGUGUGCGCGUUUUUUUUGUGGAGAGGUUGUUUGACGACGAUAGAAACUAGGAUUUCUCUUUUGAACUUUUGUUCUUUUAGCUGAUUAAGUAAUUAAGUAAUGAGGUGUUCACUAUU